CCGCAUCCAGAAGGAUAGUUGUAGCCUGGGCACGGGUGGUAGCACGUCGUUGGUGGCAUAGUCCUUUUAAGAAUUUUAGUAAUUUUUAUAAUCAACUCCUUCCAUCGUCCCCAAAAUGGCUUCAUCAGUCGCCAAGAGCUUUUAUGAACUGAGCGCCAAGGCUCUAUCUGGUGAAGCGGUAUCGUUCAAGAAGUACCAGGGGAAGGUGGUGCUGGUACAGAACACGGCGUCCCUCUGAGGCACGACCUCCCAGGACUUCCUCCAGAUGAACGAACUGAUCGAGAAGUUCGGAGAUAAUCUGGCAGUCCUGGCCUUCCCCUGCAACCAGUUUGGUCAUCAGGAGAACACCACUGAGGCGGAACUAUUGAACAGUCUGCAAUAUGUUCGUCCCGGUAACAAUUUUACUCCCCAAAUGGACAUGUUCGGUAAAGUUGACGUCAACGGGGACACCACACACCCAGUAUUCAAGUAUCUGAAGGAGCGUCUGCCUCUCCCGUCCGACGACAGUGUCAGCCUAAUGUGUGACCCCAAGUGUAUCAUCUGGUCUCCCGUCACACGCUCUGAUAUCGCCUGGAACUUUGAGAAGUUUCUGAUUGGCAAGGAUGGGACUCCAUACAAAAGGUUCAGCAAAAAGUUCCCAACACGAGACCUGGAGCAAGACAUCAAAACUCUGAUUAAGUAAUAAAUGUUCCAUCACCCAAAACUGCCAGACGUCUCGCUAAACUCAGGUUACACGGUGGAGUGUUCCUGGUCCUGUUAUGAAAGGUGUCCUACAAACACUCGUUGCGGGGACACCUGGAUGUGCUGGAGGACUAAGACCAUGACACCGUGUCCAGGGUAUUGAGGGAGCUGUGCAGGAAGUGCUGUGAGGAACAAAGAUUUUAGGUUUUACUAAAAAAGAAAAUGCAGGUUGGUAAUGAUUUUUUGGUUUGGAAAAAUGUAUUUUUAUUUAAAAUAAAAGCAAAAUUUAUGGAUGGUUA